AGACGUCUGUAGACACGGGUUUGCCACGUAAUACAUAUGGACAGUCACAGACACUUGUUCGGGCAAUGAAUGGCAAUACUACUGUUGACAGCAAUCAGGUACUGAGGCGACUGCUGAAACCAAGCAACAACAACCAAGAAGGCAUGAACGUUGAUGGAGAUGAAAAUCUGAGUGCUUCCAUGUUAUUAAGCAAAUCAAAACAAAAUGGUGAUGAUUGUCAGCAGGGUGAAAAUGGAGUCUCAUACAUGGAAGACUACAGUGAAGGUGGUCUCUGUAUCGAUGAAGGCGACUUGGCCAACAAGGAAAAUGGUGAUGAUAAUCCACGAACUGUGGAAGACAUGAGUGAAGACUCCAGUCAUUCUUUUCUCAAUGGAGGGUCCAAACAUGAUGAAAAGUGCAAUAAUGUUGUCAAAGUUGAAGAAAGUAUGUUGGCGAAGCGUGCCAGAGUGGAAAAUAUUGUGACAAGUAUGCGACAGUCUCCGUCUCGGCUAAGUGAAUGCAAGAUCAGCCCCGGCAAUGAAGCUAGGAAACAAAAACGUAAACAGAAUACACCACAACCUCAGAGAGUCCUUCCGCUGGAAGAAAAACAAGAAACUCGCAAGGAAAAGAAAAAGCACCUGAAGCACCUUCUCUCUGAACUACAAGAUCAUUUGAAUAAACUACAAAGCAAAUACUUUGAACUUUACGAACACGAAGAAACUGAUUCAGACAUGGAUGAAGACAUCGAAAAUGGAGUCAUGAAUUUUAUUAAGGGAGCGGACAAGGACUACAAAUCAAGUAAAACUGACCAUGUCAAAUCAAAAGACAAUAAAAACACAACCACUGGCAACAAUGUGCAAUCGAAGAAAGAAGCUGCAAUAGUAAAUGGAGAGGAAAAAGAUUUGUUUUCUGAUGCUUUGAAGAAUGAACUGACAACUGCUGUUAGUGAUGUAGUCGAUUCUGUGGUUAGAAAGUUUGUCAAGGAGAAGCAAACAAACAGUCAGUCUCCUCCUUCUUCCUCAUCAUCUUCAAUCACUUCCUCUUCCCCAGUGACCGAUUCCUGCAAUAUGACAGUUGCUCAUGAAAACCAUAACUUGUUGUUCAAUAACAACACAUCAUGUCUAGGACAGUUCGCUAAAAAUGGUUAUAACAGAGAGUCCAACUACCAGUCUGAACAAACUGAAGCUCUUCCUUUGGUUGUUUCGCACAAAAAUCGUGAUAGACCAUCACGAGAAAGUACACCAAGAAUGGAAGUUCAUCACGACUUUGAGCCAGCAGUGCCUGCUACCCUGCCUACAUCGGUAGCAAUUCCCAAUCCUGGUCUUCAGUAUUCCUUAGUACCUCAUUUAGCAGUGUCUUUAGCAGAGUCUCACGAAGCACUUGACAUGAGCAGCUUUAGUGGGGGUUCUCUACUAGCCAGCCAGGCUGCAGCACUCCACACUUUACACCAACAAGGAGCAAGAGUGCGUCACGAGAUGUCUCACCAUCAACCAGAAGGAUUAUCGUUGUCGUUAAUGAAAUCUGAGUCCGAUAUGAGUCCAAUUCAUCAUCAUCAUCACCAUCAUGAUUUAAGUGGACUGGAUACUUCAAGUUACAGUGCUCCCAACAGUGCCUCUCUGAAUACAACGCUGACACCAGCCCAUUUGAAGAAAGCCAAAUUGAUGUUCUUCUUCGCUCGCUAUCCCAGCUCAACAGUCCUGAAACAGCACUUCCCUGAUGUCAAAUUCAACCGCCACAACACUGCUCAACUCAUCAAGUGGUUCAGCAAUUUCCGUGAAUUCUACUACAUCCAGAUGGAGAAGUUUGCAAGGCAGUAUAUGAGUGAAGGGGUGAAGAACCCUGAAAUGUUGCAGGUCUUACGAGAUGCAGAGCUUUUUAAGGUCCUUAAUCUUCACUAUAACAAGAGCAAUGAAUUUGAGGUUCCAGAUAACUUCUUAGUGGUAUCACGAAAGACGCUGAUUGAGUUCUUCAAUGCCAUCAAAGCUGGCAAAGAUGCAGAUACUUCCUGGAAGAAAGCUAUAUAUAAAGUGAUUAGUAAACUUGAUGAUCCACUUCCAGAGUUCUUCCGAGCACCCGACUGUCUUGAAGAACUUGAGAGAAUGGUGCAGGAUAGGAUGUGAGCUGUCAUUUAUCCUUUCGCCCCUAUUACUCACUAUGGUUUAGCCCAAUCCAUUGAAAUAGGUGAGGACUUUUCCAAAUAUGGGGGUGUUAGCUGCUGCAGAAUUAACUUCCUCAUGUGACUGUAUACAAUUUUCUUUUUAGUUAUUUAUAUACUUUGUGUGGUAGUCUGUUUUAAUUUUGAGUUGUAUUUUAUCAGAAAUGCAAUGUUUAUAAAUAUUAUAUUUGAAUUAGA